AUGGUGAACUGGUUAAGUCUCGCCGUUCCUUUCGCCUACCUAGGCAUUUUGAUCGGCUCUCUCGCAACAUUCUCCUCGCUCUAUCGCAAGCGCAAGUCUCACAAGGCUGCUUCUCUUGAACCAUGGUUCCCAGCACAUCUUCAACGCGAUAUCUACUUCUCCCUCCUUCACCUUGACCCCUCCGCACAAAAAGAAAAUCAGAAAAAGACCCCCGCGGCCCCUGAGUCAGUGCUCAAGGCUGCUCUCCUCCGUCGAGCGACAGAAGACAUUCGUCGCGUUCUCGCCCUGCGUAGCCAAAAACAGGCUCUCUCUACAUUACUGCAGCGUGGAAGUGUGGGAGAUGAUCUCUGGCAACGGUUCCUGCGUGCAGAGAAGGAAAUGGAGGAGGAGGUUAAGGAUGUUGUUGCUGAGGCAAAUGACUACGUUCAAGGAUGGGGCCAAACUAUCUUCCAAUCUGCCAACGAGAUGAUCCAGAAUGAGGUCUACCGCAAGCGUAUGGCCGAACAACAGGAGAAGGUCGCUGAGGAGAAGGGGUGGUGGAAUAAGAAGAAAGCUACUACUAAGGAACAAUUCAUGAAGGAGUUGAAUGAGGGCGCCGCAUCUCCUGUUCAGUCUCCUGCGAAGUCGCCUAACCCUGCUGCUACUUUGACACCUUCUGCUCCGAGUACAGUGCAGGGAAGUGACGAUGAGGCGGUACUGGUUGAGGCGGAGCCAUCAGGUGGUGGUGGCAAGAAGAAGAAGGGAAAGGGCAAGAAAUAG